ACCAGUCCUCGAGGCCGGGCGGUGUUGUUGGCGGGUGGUGGUGUGACCCCUCGGGUGUCGGUUAGCGUCCGCUCGACUCUCGCUGUCCGCUGCUAAACAUGUUUCGAAACCCUUGGAUAUCUGGUUACCAUGUCAACCAUGUGCAGUAUUGCAGCACAGGAUUUGGAUCAGAAGCUGUGGGCAAACUUUGUACCUCAACAUCAUUGCCAACAGAAGCCUUAAGUUUUCAAAGUGAUUUCUCCCUGCAUGACAAGGCCGCCCUGGUCAAGAGCGUUUCAGAUACCGAUGCCAAACUCCUGGUGGUUCUUCCCAAGGUUUCAGAAUUGAAGAAAUACUUUGAGGGAGCUCAUCCAGCAGAUUUCCAGAUGAACAGGAAGGAGAGGAUCGCCCGGCGUCUAGAAGGGAUUGAAAGUGACCCUCCGCCAGUCCUGCUGCCUGGCGGCUUGGUUGCCAACAGGAUGCUGGAAGAGGACCCACCGCGAUACACCAGGGCCUCGGAUACAUGCGAGCCUUGUGUGAUGGUGAGGCACUUAAGUCAAGAGGAUCUGGACGCACCCCAAAAGCUGGUGACAUCCCCGCAGUGCCAGUCUAGAGAAGGAGUCACCCGCACAGAGCCGAUGUUGGUCUACGUCGACCCUGUGACGUUAUUUACAUCGACGACGCCCGCGUCCGCACCCUCGGACCCGGCCGAUCUGAGUUCCAAGGCCGAGCGCAUUGCCCGCUACAAAGCCGAGAGACGGCGGCAGCUGUCGGAGCGGUACGGCAUCCCCCUAAACCAGGAAGCGGACAUUAACUACGCGUCACGCUUCCGUGCACGACUCGACCAAGAUUCCGCUGCGGACAGACACUCAGCUGGAAGACGAGAUAGACGUCAAACAGAACCGAUACAUAAUCAAACCGGUGGCCCAUACCGCUCUGGUGUGGGUAGGGUUUACAUGAGGACUCAUCCAGACCUUGCACCUGUAAUUCCACCAGGCCCAGUCAACACAAACCAAGCUCCAGCCCCUACGCAAGGCAGCAGAUUCGCAGAGCAGGAAAGAGCCAUGAAUAUGGAGAACUACCGGAGAGGUGGCGCUCAAGAAUGCAUAUCUCAAAGCAGGGCCCAGGAGCACCACGUGUCUAUACCCCAACAUCAUCAUCAGCAGCUGCAGCAGCAGCAGCAAAGUCCUACUCACCACCCCCAUAUAGAUACAACGCAUCCAAAGCAGAGUCCAAAUUCAAGCAACGACUACAGCUUUGCAGCGGUGCCCAGCUCACCUCGCACUGCUCGUCGGGCCUCACUGCCAUCAACCCGUUACGGUAUCUCGCCUGGGGAUUUGUUCAUUGAGCAGCAGGCACAGAGCAUCCUCAACAGGCAGGGAAUCAGAGGCAGUACACAGAGGCUUCCUGAGUGGAGCACAGACAGACACCAAAGUACCAGACACCGGACUCAGGAGAACCCACUCCCACUCGGCCCGGAACACAGCCAACAUAAAACUGUUUCUCAACCUUGGCCAAGUCACCCUCAGUCUGCUCAAGAGUACCACCCUGCCAUUGACCAUCAAAACCUACCUGUGCCCACCAGCAAACUCUACAGUCCCCCAGAGAUUCAACCACGAAGACGAGUGACCUCUGACCAAAUCUACACAGCUCACAAGGAGGCAAGGCUCGAGGCAAGGCUGGAAGCAAGGUUGGAGAUCGGACAAGCCUCCAAAGAAGAAGUCCAAACCGAAGGUCUGUUGAAGAGCCGGAAAGCGGUUUUGCCAUCCGAGAUCCGCAAGAGAGAAAAGACUGCGGAUGAUUUUAACAGACAUCCCAGUCAACAUGUGGAUUGGGAAACUAACAGUCCAGAACAGAGGAUAGAGAGUCGGGAAGUCGAGGAGGACUGGCAUUCACCCAGAGAGCGAAGGCGAGAGAGGAACACAGAAAAAAGCCGAGAACGAGUGAGGCACCGUCACUUGGGUCAUGAGACUCGUGAGGACCGAGUGUUAAGACCCGUGCACGCAGAGAAUGCCUCGAAAACCGUCACCCAUCCAGAGUCACUCGUGCUUCCGACAGAAAACAGAAGGGAAGCUGAGGAAGAUCUUCAAAGACAGCAUCAGUACAAUUCCUCGAGAAAGCCUCAGGAGCCCAAAGGGGAACACCAGACAAGAAUAGAAGCUCGUUUGAAGAGAGUUGACGAGGCUCGACAAUGUGAAGUCUCAGACCCUCAAAGGCAGGAAGAAUUGCAGAGGAGCGACUCGGCUGUUUAUCUUCAGAAAGGUUCUUCUUUACCUCAGGCCAAGCACAGAAGCACAGAGGCCGGCGGAGGGCCUAAACCCAAGACGCGAACCCGCUCCAUGUCAGACAUCGGAAUCAGCCAACAUUCUGUCUUACUCCGAAGGGAGAGGUCUCGCGCCACCCACGAGACCUCCUCCAAGCCUGUGCAUCCAUCAGGGGUGGCCAAUGGUGAAACGGGAACCUUGGACACCCGGGUUUCGGUAGCCCAGCUGCGACACUCUUACCUGGAGAAUGCCAACAGGAAGCUUGACUUCGAGAUCAACCAGUCCUCAGUGGUGGAAUCCGAGCCCACGGCGAGUGGCUUGGACUCCCGGGGAGACAGAACAGCUCGGAGGCCUCGCCGCUACAUCACGCCGGGGGACGGCCGCACGUCCGAAAGGAGUCGGACUCAGCCCAUCACGUCUGCGGAACGUCUGGAGACUGACAGGUCCCAUCUCAGUCCAGCACAGCUUCAAGAUGUUGAAGUUGAUGAAGAAAAACUGGACGAGCGAGCCAAGAUGAGUGUGGCGGCCAAGAGGUCUCUUUUCAGGGAGUUGGAGAAAACUUCGGAGGGCGGCGUUCCCAAGCCUCGAUCUCGAAACGCGGCCGUGGAACGUCGUCUGAGGAGGGUCCAGGACCGCUCACACACUCAGCCCGUCACCAGCAAGGAAGUGGUUGACGCUUGCAGUGAGCCUUCCACAUCAUCACACACUGUGGGAACCCACACCAGCACCAGCACCAGCGCCAGCGCCAGCACCAGCGCCAGCGCCAGCACCACCAGUUCAACUGUCGUCAGUACCACCGUGACCACCAUCAGUAUCCAAGCAGCUCCAGUCCCCCAGAAGGUCGAGGAGAGGCAGGACGAGGAUCCCCCCGAAGUGGAGGGGGACGACCUAUCCACGCUCAGUUUGGCUGAGAAGAUGGCCCUCUUCAACCGACUCGCCCAUCCAGCGGAUGAAGCGGCGCCGAAAAGCGACAGCGCCCGCCAGCGUCGUGCUCUCGCCCGCUUUCAGACACAGCCCAUCACCCAGGGCGAAGUGGAGCAGGUGCCUAAGCCUCCUGUUGGCUCCUCAGUCAAGCAUAUCGAGUCCAAGCAGGGAGAACAUGUAAAACACAGCAGUCAAGUCAAACUAGAGCCCCUCCCCGCCUCCGUGCUCCGCUCUGUGGCAGCUUCCCCCUCCCAUGCCUCCAUCACCACGGUAACCGUGACGCCUGCAUGCAGGAGCAGUAGCAUCGCUUGUGAAGGGAGUUCUCUCACCCAACAACAGCCCCCUCCCACCACUUCUGACCACCAGGAGAGGGCAUUGCGGUACCUCUCUAUGACCCAGAGCGUGGGGGACCCAGGCCACCCCAAGCUCCUCCCCCAUAGCUCUGAACAAAAACCGGGGGGUCUCCCCUCUCCCACUCCUUCUUCCGGCACUCUUCGCCGGCAUCAGGCAGAGGCGGAGGAGACUGACAAGGAGGAGGCGCAUGCCAGCUCAAGAGCCCUCGGCGAUACCCGGGAGAAAAACGCGGAGGAAGGACGUGGAGGUGGAGGAAGCCGCCCCCUGGGAGAAGAGGCAGGAGGAGACGGCGGCAGCCCAGAACGAUUCUCAGACCGGCAGGAUCGCACAGCGCCACUGAGACCUUUGAUAACCAAAGUGUCCUCCACGACAACAUCUCAAACGUCAAGCAUCCAGCAGAGCCAUCCUUUGAUUCAGCCUCCCCUAACUCCACCCAAAACCUUCCUGCUGCAGACCCACACAGCGUCACCAAAGCACCAAUUCUCCAUCCAGCCAUCUCAGUCCCCGCCGACGUAUCCCAAACUAUUCACUCAGCCCCAGCAAAACCAGGCCACAACUCAGGAAUUCCUCUCCAAGCCUUCCAUUCAACCGGACCUUCAAGCUCUGCCCAAAGUCCAGGUGCCUCCACCGACUCCGCCAAAACCUCAGGGCUUCCUACAACCUCUGCCCAAGUCUCAGUCCCUGCCGCUAGAGCACAGUGACGACUACAACAAAUUCAGCGUCCAUUCGAUUGAUCCGCUGUCCCCCACGGGUUCCGCGGAGCAGCUGCCCUACGGCAUGUCCAGCAAACAGAUGUCCAUCAAGGAGAGAGUGGCCCUGCUGAAGAAGAGCGGUGAGGAAGACUGGAGGAACCGGAUCAACAAAAAACAGGAAGUGGCAAAGGUGGUGUCCACCGAGGUACCCCAUCACCAAGAGGAGGAGCCGACGCAUCAGAAGGAGGAGGAAGAAGAGGUCAUCCAUGACCACUCCGCAGUGUCAGAUCAGCUGUGGGAGCCUGUCUUCUCCUCCACUUUUUCUCCUCCUUUCUCCCUCGGACAAAAGUGUCGGUACAUUGACCAUCACGCUCAGGCUCAGUCGGUCCAGAAGGAAGACAAGGAGGCCCAGAUGACCAUCGAGGAGAGGAAGCAAAUGAUGUCGAUGCGAGAGGACGCCUGGAAGGGCAAAGGCAAAGGUGCGGCCAACGAUUCUGGCCAGUACACGGUGGCUGCUCGCAUGGUUAAGAAAGGUCUGGCUGCCUCUUCCUCAGUCAUCGGGCCGAUCCUUUCCCCCGUCUCCACCAAGCUUAAAAGCAGCUCCUCAGUUGUGGGGAAACCUCAGGAGAACAUUGAAGCUAGACAAGACAUGGAGUCAGAUAAAAAGCUGGACAAGUUGGAGACCUUCUUGGGACGCCUCAACAGUAAAGUGUCCGAAAUCCAGGAGAGCACCCUGACAGUCACCGAGAAGACGGUUAAGGAGGUGAUGAAGCUGGACGACGAGAUCUUUACUAACUUCUACCGUCGCGUGGCCGAAUUCCCAAACGUGCCUUCGCGUAUCGAGCUCAGCGAAGACUUCGACGCCAUUUUCGGCUCACGACAGGGCUCCGGCAGACUGACCUCUGCCGUGGUCAGGCACAAGCGCUCCGUGCGUCCAUCCAGGAACGUGCAGGCCUCCCGCAACCCGGUCAAGAUGCUGGCCGCCCGCCAGGAUAUACAACACGAGUACACUGAGCAGAGGCUCAACGUGGCUCAGCUGGAGAGCAAGAGGAUGUCCUCCGAUAAGAUGAUUAAAAGCUCAGAAUAUUCAGAUGCGGCUCUGGCAGGUCUGUCCAGUAAAGAGAACUACAGCACAGUGACUUUACGCAACGUCGCGGAGACGCCUACAUCUAACAACAGCGCUAUCCCGUACAAAAACCUCAUGCUGCUGCACAUCAAAGGUCGUCGCCACGUUCAGACCAGACUAGUCGAACCUCGAGCGUCGUCGUUGAACAGCGGUGAUUGUUUCCUGCUGGUGACGCCCGAGCAUUGCUUUGUAUGGAUAGGAGAAUUCUCCAACGUCAUUGAGAGGGCCAAGGCUAUGGAUCUGGCCACGUUCAUCCAAACAAAGAAAGACUUGGGCUGCAGAGCAACCAAGGUACAGACCAUCGAGGAAGGAGUCCACGUGCAGAGUCCGGAUUCACAAGAGUUUUGGACCAUCCUCGGGGGACAGAGUGCCUACCGACCUGCCGGUCCACCGGAGGAGGACGACCGCUUUGAGAACGCCAUCGUGGAGACCAACUGCAUCUUUCGCCUCAUAGAUGACAAACUGAUGCCAGACGAUGACGAAUGGGGAAAGGUCCCUCGUUGCUCUUUGCUGUCAUCCAAAGAGGUCUUGGUGUUGGACUUUGGUAGUGAGGUGUAUGUUUGGCAUGGCAAAGAGGUGACACUGGCCCAGAGGAAGGUGGCUUUUCAGCUGGCCAAACAUCUCUGGAAUGGUAUCUUCGACUACACCUGCUGCGACAUCAACCCAUUGGACCCUGGAAGCUGCAACACCCUAAUACCGAGGAAAGGCCAAGGCCGUCCCGAAUGGGCGAUAUUCGGCAGGCUGACCGAGCACAACGAGACCAUCUUAUUCAAAGAGAAGUUUGUGGACUGGUCCGAAGUGAAGCCGCCAGUAUCACCGACAGAAGAGAUCAAGCAGCUACCAGAACAACAGAAGUCCACAGGGCAAGAGUGCCGGCCGUUCGACAUCAACCUUAUGCUGCCGCUCCUCCAGUCGUCCGUGUCUACCAUCUUGGAUGGCGUGAAUGUGGGCCGAGGCUACGGCUCAGUGGAGACCGAGGACCGCAUGAGGACUCAGGAGAUCAGCACCGUCUCGGUGGACGUGUGGCACAUCCUGGAGUUCGACUACAGCCGCUUGCCACGCCAGAGCAUCGGCCAGUUCCACGAAGGCGAUGCGUACGUGGUGAAAUGGAAGUACAUGGUCAGCACGUCAGUGGGACGCAGAAACAACCCAGAGGUGAGGAGCACCGGACCAGGCCGGGAGAAAUGUUGCUAUUUCUUCUGGCAAGGUCGACACUCUACUGUUAGUGAGAAAGGAACGUCGGCCUUGAUGACGGUUGAGCUGGACGAGGAGGGAGGGGCUCAGGUGCAAGUGCAGCAGGGCAAAGAGCCUCCGUGUUUCCUUCAGUGCUUCAACGGCGGGAUGAUCAUCCAUGCUGGAAAGCGGGAGGAAGAGGAGGAGAACAUCCAGAGCGAGUGGCGUCUGUACUGCGUCCGCGGCGAGGUGCCAGCAGAGGGCAACCUGCUGGAAGUGGCGUGCCACUGCAGCAGCCUGCGCUCCCGAGCCUCCAUGGUCCUGCUCAGCGUCGACAAGGCAGCCAUUUACCUGUGGCAUGGCUGCCAGACACAGGAGCACACCCGCAGUGUGGCUAGCACAGCAGCGCUCAAGAUCAAAGAACAGUGUCCUCUUGAAGCUGGACUCCACAGUAGCAGUAAGGUGACCAUUCAUGAGUGUGAUGAGGGCGUGGAACCGCCAGGCUUCUGGGAGGCUCUGGGUCAUAAGGACAGGAAGGCCUACGACUGCAUGCUGCAAGACCCUGGAAAAUUCAACUUUACUCCACGGCUCUUCCAACUGACCAGCACUUCAGGAGAGUUCGUGGCGACGGAGUUCUUCCACCCAUCCCGCGCUCCGGACCUCGUCAGCUCGCUGCCCUUCCUGCAGGAGGAGCUCUACAAUGUGGCGCAACCCGCGUUGUUCCUGGUGGACAACUUCCACGAGGUCUACCUGUGGCAAGGCUGGUGGCCUCAGGACAGCGAGAGCACUGGAUCAGCUCGCAUACGCUGGGAUGUGGACAGGAAGUGUGCCAUGGAAACGGUGCUACAGUAUUGCAAAGAGAAGAGUGACAGGAAGACUCAGAAGUCCUACCUCAUCCACGCUGGACUAGAACCGCUCACCUUCACCAACAUGUUCCCCAGCUGGGAGCACCGGGAGGAUGUGGCAGAGAUCUCAGAGAGGGAAGCAGAGGUGUGCAACCAGAUCAUCCUGGUGGAGGACGUGCUGGCCCGGCUCAGUCAGAACAUGUUCCCGCUGGACCAGUUGCGGGCCCGGCCCCUCCCGGAGGGUGUGGACCCUCUCCGCCUGGAAAUCUACUUGUCAGACCGUGACUUUGAGAGCAAGUACUAGGUGCAUUGAGGAGGCUUUGGAGAUGAAGAGGGACGAGUACGAACGUCUACCAGGGUGGAAACAGGUCAACUUGAAGAAGGCCAAAGGACUGUUUUAAGCAUGUUGCAUUAAAGAUGGAACAAGAAAAGCACAAAAGGAAAGAGAGUGAGAGAGAAACCGAAAUAUACAGGAAAAAGACGUGAAGACUUGAAAGGCACUUCCUGGUCUAAAUCGAACCAUCGCAACACCAAUGUGUUGCUUUUUGUGGAUUUGACACCACUUUGCACAAGUGUGCACUUUUGACAUCAGUGUUUAUGUAAAGGUUUGAUUCCAAAUGAUGUAUAGUGCCUUUGCUGAAUUGUUUUGUGUACAGUUUCUACAAAGACAUUCUAGUGUGACGUCCUUUUGGCAUAAAACACAUAGAGAAUCCAAAAUGGAGUCAUCUCGUGUCUCCUGCUUAAUAAAUGAAAGCACUUUUGAGCCCACUUUAACAGAGUGAGAUUUUUUAAAAACAAAAUGAUGGUGUUUCUAUGGAAUAAAUAAAUAAAUGACUAAAACAA